AUGUCUUUACUGCAGAGCUUCUUUCAUGUCCAAAACAUAGUAAAGUACCUUGCUCAGAGAGCAACAUUUGGUUCACUGGUGAUUAUAUAUGGUGACAACCCUGGGAAGUCGGCUGCAUACUCAGAUGGUACAGUCAACGAGGGCAAACAUGGACGAAUACCUGCCUCAGCGGGGAGGAUUACUCCGACCCGGGGGGAACAGUUCGGUGAGAAAGAAAUCGAUGAAGCCAUCCGCAAUACAUUUGCCACAGCACUGGCCGGUAUCAGCCUCGCCGUGGAGCAGGCAGUCAACGACCUCGGUGACGACGAAGGCCUCAGGGCAACUCCCGCGACUACACGCUGGGCGACCACUGUCGAGCAUAUCCUCAAUGCCAUCCAGCAGAUCACUGCCUCUGUGAAGGACUGCCCCUAUGUGGGUAAUGCCAACCUAGUCCACCGCGUGCGUGAACGCAUCACGUCCACUCAUCGUGACGUUGGGGCCAACUGGCUCCUCGAGUAUGCCGACCCACCCUCUUUCGCCCCACAGCCCAUAUCCUCCGGCGCUGCUGCGAUCACUGCUGCAGUCACUGCUGCUAUGGAGCCUUUCGUCCAGCGCGUCGACCGACGCCUAGCCUCUCUUGAGGAGAAGGCAAAGGAGUCCCGUUCCAAUCCUAACACAUACUCGAGGAGAAGGCAAAGGAGUUCCGUUCCAAUCCUAACACCUGCCCGCCCGUCUGCACGCGGACCUGUUGCCCCUGCUCGCUGGAUCGCCCGCUUUGUGGACAAACCCCCUGCUAAACUUACAGCAACGGACCCCCUCGUGCUCGUGCGCCAGCUUUGCUCUCGCCUUGCUGCUGUCCCUACUUCCGCCACUGUACACGUCCUUGCCAUCGAGCGUACCCUCACCGGCAAUCUGGUCAUUACAUUCACGGCUACCACCCCGCGGGUGGACAUCGCGAGCCACCUUCCUACCAUCCAAUCUGCUCUGGGAGUUCCGGAGCACAACAUUGUUUCUGCUGAUGUCGCUUGGUCCAAGAUGACCCUCGGGUUUGUUCCGACGUGCCCAUCCCCGACAGAACCCCUCUUUGAUGAGGCCACCCUUCUCGCCUCUCUUCGUCUGAACCCCUCCUUCACGAAGCUCCCGCUCGCAUAUGGGCCACGCUGGCUCCGGCGCCCUGAUGAUAUGGCAGACCAGGCACAUAGCACUGUGUCUCUCGGUUUCGAGGAUCCCGACGGCUCCGUCAUGAAGGGAAUCCUUAAGGCAGACCUGUUCCUAAUGGGAGGCCGUGUCCGUGCCCGUCGCUAG